UUUCCAAGGGGAACAUGAACAGAACCAACUGUUCUCUGGAACAUUAGAAGACAAACCCAGUCAGAUCCAAGUCAACCCAUAUUUCAGUCCAGGGACUCGUUUUCCCUGCACUGACAAACGAAGACGAGGACAAAUUGUCCAAGGAAAACUUGUUUUGCUUUCCUUUUUUUACUCAUUCACCAUGUUCAAUUAUAUAUAACCGGAAUUCAUCUCCGUGCUCGUCUCCGUCCAAUUAUGCAUCCCUCACAGGGCUGUAUGUAUUAUUUUCUCCCAUUCACGAGACUGUACGUGGCUGUCUGGACUCCCCCACUUUAAUACUUCUUCCACCUCUCUCUCUGUGUUUUGGGGUUGCAAACUUGGCUGCGCUAGUUAAACUUCUCACGUCUCUGUUAAUGCAUUGCCAUCUCAACAGCAUAAAAUUUCGAGGUAAUGGUCAAGAAGCUCUCACAGUGCGAGGUUUGAACCUAUGACCAGUAGGUUCACUGAACAGAGCCGUCCUCUACUACCGUAACAAGGGGAAGGAGAUGCCGCCUUUCGCCACCAACAUCUGCGCAUUGGUUUGCCUCUGCUCCUUGGUACAAGUUUCCGACCAACUCUCCGUCGAUUUCUACUCGAAAUCAUGUCCCAAGCUGGAGCAGCUCGUCUUCUCCGUCGCGUCUCAGCGGUUCAAGGAAGCUCCCGUGUCGGGGCCGUCAACCAUUCGCCUCUUCUUUCAUGAUUGCUUCGUCGAUGGGUGCGAUGCGUCCAUUCUGAUAAGUGGGAGGGGGACGGAGAGGGAGGCGUUCGACAACAGGAACCUGGCAGUGGAGGCGUUCGAGACCGUGAACAGGGCGAAGGCGGUGGUGGAGGCCAACUGCCCCGGCGUCGUCUCCUGCGCUGACAUCCUCGCAAUCGCCGCUCGAGAUUUCGUCCAUCUGGCAGGUGGGCCAAACUAUCCGGUGAUGAAAGGAAGGAGAGACGGGACAAUUUCACUGGCAUCCCGUGUGAGAAAUAAUAUGCCCCGUCCAAAUUCUACCGUAGACGAACUUCUCCGGCUGUUUUCCAGCAAAGGGCUGAACAAGUCGGACCUGGUUGCACUCUCCGGCGCACACACGAUUGGGUUCGUCCACUGCGACCAGUUCGUGAACCGGCUUUACGACUUCCAUCACACCAAGCAGCCGGACCCGUCCAUGGAGCCUAGGCUCCUCAAGGCUCUGCGGAUGACGUGCCCGCCCGCCGGCGGCAACACCGACGUCGUCGCUCCCUGUGAUGUAAUGACUCCGUUCACCUUUGAUCACAUGUAUUAUGGGAAUUUAGAGGCCAAGAUGGGGAUUCUAGCGACUGACCAAGCUCUCUUUCUAGAUCCAAGGACUAAAGAACUGGUGCAAAUGCUGGGGAAGGACAAGGUCAGGUUCUUUCAGGCUUUUUCGCAAGGAAUGGAAAAGAUGGGAGUCAUUGGGAUUAAAGUGGGAAAGUUAGGGGAGAUUAGGAAAAACUGCAGCAGGCACAAUUGACCAAUAAAUUUUCCAUGUUAACCUCCUUUUUUUACUAUCUAUUUCUUUUUAGGCAAUGACAUGAUCAUAUUUAUCCAGCAGCCUGCUUCCCCACUUCUGGUUUUCUUCCGGAUCUUCAGGCCGCUUUCCUAGAUCCCUCGGCUUAUGCUUAUAUACAUAUUGCUUUUCAAUACCGACUGGGUGUUUGGUGUUUGAUUGGUGGAGGAGAACGCCUGAGACAAAGUCUACCAUGGAAAGAGUCUACCAUUUAACAUGUAAAAAAUGUACCCAUGUACUCAAAUAUCUGUUCCAUUAAGCAGAUCUUAAAAUAAUUCUA